AUGUCAGAGGUAAGUACAGUGAAACCUCGUAAAAAAACUUUGUAAAGUUCUAUUAAAAUUACGUCCAAUUCACGACAAAUUAAUUUUAGAUUGAAGGAGAUCAGCUAGCUUAUUACCGUGAGCAAUGUGAACCAAAGGUCUCCAAGUUCAAGGACCUUCUAGAUGAAUGUAACCAACGUGUGUCAUCAAGAACUCAGACCGAGGAAACCUGCAACCAGGAAAUGAUGGACUAUAUUCACCAUCUUGACCACUGCGUGAGUACUGUCUGCUUUUCUUAAGAUUUAGAUAUCAAUACAAUGUUUUAUCUUGAUAAAGGUAAAACAUUCGUUGUAAAUUUUCUGCCUUAAAGUGUUACAAAAUUUUAUUUAAUUUUAAGUUUUUUCAAGGUCUAAUUUCUUCAACUUCUAAAGUGUUCCAUUUCCAUUUCAGGCCAUGCCCAAAGCUUUCAAAUCUCUGAAGUAA